AUGUCUAUGCCUUUACGUAAACUUGGAAAGUCAGGCAUUAUAGUACCUGUCAUUGGACUUGGAUGCAUGGGAAUGAGCAAAUUUUAUGGAUCCAGCAAUGAAGUUGAUAAUAUAAAUGUGCUAAAUCGUUCACUUGAAUUAAAAUGUAAUCUUUGGGAUACUUCAGAUACGUAUGGCAUCGGCCACAAUGAAAUACUCCUUUCAAAAGUUCUCAAAGAUCGUCGUCAUGAUGUGUUCUUAUGUACAAAAUUUGGUAUAAUGCGUUCCCCAGAUGGCCAAAUUUCUGGAAUCAAUGGAACCCCAAACCAUGUUUGUGAAGCUUGUGAGAAAAGUUUGAAAAGAUUAGGAGUUGAUUAUAUCGACCUUUAUUACCAACAUCAGGUUGAUCCUAAUACCCCAAUUGAAGAUACUGUCACGGCUAUGGCUGAACUUGUUAGAGAAGGCAAAGUCAAAUAUCUGGGACUUUCAGAAUGCACUGCUGAUAUCCUUAGACGCGCACACAAAGUUCAUCCGAUUUCUGCUCUUCAGGUUGAAUAUAGUCUGUGGUCCCUUGAUAUUGAAACUAACGGACUCAAGGAAGCUUGUGAAGAACUUGGAAUUACAAUUGUUUCAUAUAGCCCAUUAGGCCAUGGGUUCCUUACAGGAAAAUAUAAUUCUACCAAUGAUUUUGAAAAGGGAGAUGUUCGCACAAGCCAUUCACGUUUUGUGGGUGAAAACUUUGACAAAAAUCGGGUGCUUGUUGAUAAAUUAAAUGAUUUUGCAAAAAAGAAAGAAAUUCCUCUUAGUCAGCUUUGUUUGGCUUGGAACUUAGCUCAGAUAUUUGGUCAUAGACAAAUUUCAAGAAAGUUGCUAGAUGCACAAAAUAAGUGA